AUGGGUCGUCGUCCAGCCAGAUGUUACAGAUACUGUAAGAACAAGCCAUACAUCAAGUCUAGAUACUGUCGUGGUGUCCCAGACGCCAAGAUUAAGAUCUAUGAUCUCGGUCGUAAGAAGGCUUCAACUGAGGAAUUCCCAUUCUGUGCUCAUUUGAUUUCACUCGAAAAGGAGCAACUUUCCUCUGAAGCUUUGGAAGCUGGUCGUAUCUCUUGCAACAAGUACAUCACCAAGGUCGGAGGUAAGGAUUCCUUCCACAUGCGUGUCCGUGUUCACCCAUGGCACGUACUCCGUAUCAACAAGAUGUUGUCGUGUGCCGGUGCUGAUCGUCUCCAAACAGGUAUGAGAGGAGCUUACGGUAAGCCAUUGGGUCUCUGCGCUCGUGUUGAAAUCGGUCAAAUCAUCUUCUCUAUCAGAUGCAAGGAUGGUAUGUCCAACCACAUCAUUGAAGCCCUCCGUCGUUCAUCUUACAAGUUCCCAGGUCGUCAAAAAAUCGUCAUCUCCAAGAAGUGGGGUUUCACCAAGUACAACCGUGAAGAGUUCAAGGAACUCAAGGCCACCAACCGUGUCGUCAACGAUGGUGCCAAUGUUAAGAUUAUCUCUAACCAUGGUCCACUCAACAACUACAAGAAGCAACUUGUCAAGACCCUCUAA